AAUGUCGAAUGAAAUACCGAUCAGUCUUCUUUUUCAAACGUAUUUCAAAUGAACUCAGACUGAGAGACAUAAUUUUUUCUGCUGUGCUUGUAACGGACAGUUUUUCCUCUAAAUAGUUUCUUGUGAACUGUUUUCCCUCUUUGCGGAGUCUAAAUUUAUACGGAAUUAUCUGAAAACAGGAAAAUUUUAGUGUUUCGGUGCGACGGAGUUUAUUUGGAGAAGGUAUUCCAAUAAAAGGUCGGCCUGCAAGAAUUGAUUGCAUUCAGACAACCAGCAGUGACUUAACGUUUGAAGAAAGGGUUCAUUAGGAGACGAAAGGUACACAGGUACCCCCGCAUCCAGCAACUGAGAAGAGGGAAAGGUAGAGCCGCGUUGAAAUCAAAACAUUCGAGUCAUCAAACAACAGAACAUUAUGUUGGUGAACGACGUAUCGAUCGUGUAAUUCAUCACAAAUUCAAAUUAAUGAAUUAGUUCAAUGGAACAGUAACGGAACGGGUAACGACGUAGAGGAGUUCUUUCCAAAAAUGGGUUACAACUGCAAAGUCAUCUACUUCUGUGCAAUAAUUUUAGUAGGUCCAAUUUUACUUUCAGAGGCUGAUUCACAAAAUGUCGCCAGUCCAGUAUUUCAAAAUCACAAAACAAAAGAAUGGACGAAUUUAGAUAAUAUAACAUUUUCAUUUGACUGCACGCAAAGAUCCGUUGGAUUUUAUGCCGAUAUCGAAUAUAAUUGCCAGAUAUUCCAUAUGUGCGACGAAGAGGGUAAUCGAAUACCACAUUUAUGCGCAAAUGAAACUUCGUUUAACCAAGAAUACAGAAUCUGUGAUUGGGAUUAUAACUUUAAUUGUACAGAAUCGCCGAAAUGGUUUUAUUUAAAUGAGCUGACGUAUGCAACGGAACCUCCUGAGGAUGAAGACUAUUAAUUUUGUUUAUUGUUUUUAAUAAAAUAAUGUAAAUUAA